UCCUGUCGUACACCCUCCGCGGCGCGACACGAUACGACACGUAGAGGAAGGUGGUGGAGAAGUCGGAGGUGGUGCUGGCGGCGGAGGGGGCCAGAGAGAGAGGGUGGAGGACGCCGAGGAGGACGGAGAAGAAGAAGAAGAAGAAGGUGGCGAAGGAGGAGGAGGAGGAGGAGGAGGCCUCGCUAACGACGGCGAACGUCCUCGAAGGUGCGAACCACCAACAGCAGCACCACCGCCGACGACGAUGACGAUCGUGACGGGCGGUGAUCGGCGUACAUGUUGGAGGCGGAGACGCCGAUUGGCGUUGAUUACUCUGCUCUCCGCGAUUUUAGCCUUCGCGAUGGGUCCCUCGGCGUCUUCGGGCCACAGACCGGCGCCGAACAAUCCGAUCACAUUUCAUACCACCACGAGUAGCACAGCCAUGCCCAUUCUAAUACGGCUGAGUAACGGUACCAGCGUGCAAGUGUACGAUAGCAAGAACAACGGUGUUAACGUUGCGGGUCUUGACGGGCAUAAUAGGACUAACGGUAACGAUACGGAGAAGAGGCCGCUCUUCCCCGACGAUCUGUUCACCAAUGAACAACGACGCCGCGGUGCCGUGAUACUUCACAUACUUGGCGUGGUGUACAUGUUCGUCGCGCUAGCAAUCGUUUGCGACGAGUUCUUCGUACCGUCAUUAGACGUGAUUAUCGAGAAGCUCGAUAUCGCCGACGAUGUGGCCGGUGCUACUUUCAUGGCGGCCGGUGGAUCGGCGCCCGAACUCUUCACAUCGAUCAUAGGCGUGUUCGUGUCGUUCGACGAUGUCGGUAUCGGCACUAUCGUCGGCUCCGCCGUCUUCAACAUCCUUUUCGUGAUCGGCAUGUGCGCUAUAUUCUCGCGUACGGUGCUAUCGCUCACAUGGUGGCCUCUAUUUCGCGACUGCACUUUCUAUAGCGCCAGUCUGCUCACUCUGAUCUACUUCUUCCGCGAUAGUUACAUAUACUGGUAUGAGGCACUUGUGCUAUUUGGAUUCUACUUGGGAUAUGUAAGCUUCAUGAAGUGGAACCAGCCAAUGGAGAAAAUAGUCAAAAGGAUACUCUACAGAAACAAGGUGACCCGGGUCAGGUCUACCGAUCAGCUGAUGCCGUCGCACCAGAGCGCCGCCCAGGCAUUGCAGCAUCCGAACGCGAUCAACAAUAGCGAAAUGAGCGUGGGCGGUGCAUCGGGUGCGUGCGGAAGCAUCCCGGCGCCCGGGGAGGCUGGAUGCAGCAGCAGAGUUGGCAGCAGCAGCGGCGUCGGCGUCGGCAGCGGUGGCACAGGACAAGGCUGCGAACAGGCCCAUGGAGGCUCGUCCUCUCACCCACGGGAGAGCCACGCGAAGUUCCGACACGGCCUGCUGCAGCUUAUGAUCCACACGAUCGAUCCGCUCCACGACGGUCAGUCCCGCGCCGGCAAGGUGGACGAGAAAGCGACGCAGCUGCAUGCGAUAGCGUCACUGAAGGUGCUACUGGAUGCCACCAGGCCGCAUAACGGCGCCGCGACGUCGACCGCCGCCCAUUACUCCGGCGCACCCUCGAAAGAGACGACUCUGCAGCUGCAGCAGGGCUCACAAGGCACCACUACCACCACCACAACUACGACGACCACUGCCGGCACUACUGCCGGUAUUCAGGAACUUCCGAACGGCGGUAUCGCCGCUGGUUUAGACGCUGGACUCGAUUCGGGCGAAGAGGAUGAACCUCCAGAGGCCUUGAAUAUGGGCUGGCCAAGCAGUCCAAGAAAAAGGCUAACGUACAUUUUAGUCGCACCAAUCUUAUUUCCUCUUUGGUUGACGUUACCGGAUACGAGAACACCUAGAGGGAAGAAGUUCUUUCCGAUAACGUUCAUCGGCUCGAUCUUCUGGAUCGCGGCGUACUCGUACCUGAUGGUCUGGUGGGCGAAUGUCGCUGGCGACACAGUGGCCAUACCGCCGGAAGUGAUGGGCCUGACGUUCCUCGCAGCUGGCACCAGCAUACCGGACCUCAUCACAAGCGUCAUCGUGGCGCGAAAGGGAUACGGCGACAUGGCCGUGUCGAGUUCCGUCGGCAGUAACAUCUUCGACGUGACCGUUGGGCUUCCGGUUCCAUGGCUCCUAUACGGUUUAAUCUAUGGGAAACCCGUCGAGGUGAACUCAGUGGGCAUGGUGUGCAGCAUAGCGAUACUGUUCUGCAUGCUGCUGUUCGUGAUCUUGAGCAUCGCCUGCUUCAAAUGGAAAAUGAACAAGAGCCUCGGCUUCACGAUGUUCAUCCUCUACUUCGUCUUCGUCGCCGUCUCGCUGAUGUUCGAGUACGAGAUACUGGUCUGUCCGGUGUAG